AUGAAAAAUCAAGUAGAUAAAAAAGCCGUGCUAGGCCCUGCCAGUGAAAGUGAAGCGACAGGUACACUAGGUAUAGCCAGACAAAUUCCGCAAUUUUGGUACGACGAACCGCAAUUAUGGUUCGCGAUGAUCGAAGCCUAUUUUAAUGAAAACCGGAUAAAAAGUGAAGAAAGUAAAUAUGAACACAUAUUAUCAUUUCUGGACAAACGAUUAGCUAGAAAAGUCGAAAACAUCAUAAUUAAUCCGUCGCCGGUCGACCCAUACACAAAGUUAAAAACUAAAGUAAUUAGACGGCAAUCGCUUUCGGAAGACAAAAAAAUUAGACGAUUCCUGCAACACGAAGAAUUAGGAGAACAUGAGCCAUCGCAAUUCCUAAGACAUUUAGAGUCGUUAGCCGGCACAACAAUUGAUCAAGUAUUUCUAAAAACGCUUUGGCUUAAAAAAUUUCUUACGUUCACGCAACAGGUCUUGAAAGCACAUCAAUCAAUGAAUGUUGAGGACUUAGCCGCUAUAGCCGACAGCAGCGAAGUCACCAGUGCACCUGUGGGACCGAAAUUAAACAACCUACAAACGACAUUGCAUUAUUGUCACAACGUAUUGAAGACUUCACGAAAACUAUGA